CAGCCUUUCGCUGUCAAAAUGCACAUAGCAUCCAGGUCAAGUCCAAGUAAGUAAACCAUGUCACAUUUCUUGUGCAGGGCAGAGAGGAUGCUGAGGACGGUAUGCUCCGUUUUGCCUAUAGCCUACCGACGGACUACACUUGAAAAUGCGCCGAGAAAACAAGUAGGUCACUUAUAUUCCUCUUAGCGGUCAGUGUCAAAGCAGACAGUCCUCAAAUUUGGUGAAGAGGCUUUGAGAUUCUACUGGAGCGAUGUAAGAUCAAAAGCCAGCGCGCGCUUGCAAACGGUGAAGUGAGCCAUUAAAAGCCUGCUCAGCACGGGAGAGGUCGUCUGCAGGCGAGGAGGGGGAUGAAAUGUUUCUAGCCCAAAUGUGUAGCCCGAACAGCACCGGACUCCUCCGAUCGAAACAUUCCACGGAAUAGAGUGAAGACCCAGAUGUUCAAACCCGUCAUAUGCUGUCCUAAAGAGACAAAUUUCUCACUGCACUUUCACGUCUUAUCUGGAGCUUUCGAUCAAUCCUACCCAGGGAAAUCUGCCUUGAUUUUUUUAUAAGAGACUUUCAAAAAUUCUGCCAGCAUAUCUAUGUGGGUAGUGGAGAAGAUCCGAGUGUCAAUGGAGAGCUCCAUCCUGCCCAUGUCAACAACGGAUUUCAACUUCAAGAUCGGUGAAAUCAUGUUUGGGGAAAAGUCGGACAAAGACAAAAAAAUUUCCCUCUUCCCUAACGUCAUCACCCCAGACAACAUCCCUGAGUUCUGCAUCCCGCCAACAAUUCCUUCCCUGCAGGAGCUAAAGAAUGCCGAACACACACGAACCCUUCGUGCUACCAAAAUGAGUCUUUGCGAAAAGGCUGAGGUUAAUGCGGUGCACCAUGAGCCUUUGAACCCUCACAUUAUCCAGGUGGAAAGUGUGGAUGAGGGACCUUAUGAUGGCUGUAGUGACGAGGAAACAACAAACGCAGACCCCCAAAGCCAGGCUGCUUUGUCUCUCCCCCAUAUGGCAAAAGCGCAGACCUGCUACGGCUUUUGCACCUUAUUGGAGAGCCCCCACACCAGGAGGAAGGAGUCUCUCUUCCACGAACCAGGUUCCUCUCCACUCUUGCUUCCUAGGAGCCGAUCCGCCACCUGCACUAAAGUCACCUCCCCAACUUUGUCUUCACCUUCCUCCUUUAGCCUCAAUGCUUUGUCCUCCAGAUUUGCCACGAGAGGACACUGUCUCAACUGGCAGGGCGCUCUAGACAGUGAUACCACAUCCUCGACUGAGUCAUCGCCCUUCAAUUCGCCCCUUCUGACUAGAUGCCCCAACAAGUCAUCCCUCUUCAAGGCACUGAGCCAUGAACUUCUGCUAUCACGGAACAUGAGGAAGGCAAUGGUGUCCAGGAAUAAUUCCCUGUCCACAGAUGAAGGCAGCUCGACUGAUAACAGUCCUAAUGUGAUGAGGAGGGCGUCAGAGGACAUAACAGAGGGCCUCCCCAGCUGCUAUAGCCUGGCACCCCCAACUAUCUUCCCCAUGGAUUUGACGCUGCAUAAGGAGCGGGUAAUGAAGGAAAAAAUGGUUCCGAUAGGGAAGGACGGCAGCCUGAGACUUUCGGCAGAGUACUGCUCAGAAAACCAAAGACUAAGGGUACGACUGAUCAGUGCCGAGGGCUUGUACCCGCUGUCUGUAGACCCCAAGAUCAUUAACUGCAGUGUCAGCAUCUCACUGGCUCCAGGAAAAGUUCAGAAACAACGAAGCACUGUCAUCCGAAAGAGUCGCAAUCCCAUCUUCAAUGAAGAUUUCUUUUUCGACGGCAUCUCAGAGCAAGACAUCAAUGUGCGCUCGCUUCGCUUCAAACUGGUCAACAAAAUGUCCACCCUUAAAAGAGACUAUCUUCUGGGUAGCUGUGAUCUGCCACUUAGUACCAUUGUCACCUUAAACCAUUAAUUUUUUCCAAAAUAUACCACGUUACUAUAGUAUUAGAUUAUUUAUUUCAAUUUUAUUUGUAAUUUUUUAAACAAAUAAAUGAUAAGAGCCACCACCUUGGUUUGUAUAUGUGUUCUUUCUUGAAAACCAUCAGCAAACAUCACAAAUGUGCAUUGUCUCGCUAUAAGUUAAAUGCCGUGAGCUAAUAGAAAAAAAGGAAGAGCCAAGAAAAACACUUUCUUAAAUUUAGUCAAAAUACACAUUCAUCCAUUCUCUGUACUGUUAAUUGAAUGUCUGUUAUGUGUUUAGUUGGGCUAAAAUGGCUGCUGCAUUGGCUGGCGUGAGAAAACAAUCGUCUCAUGUUUCUUCCUCAGUCUGUUGUUUCAUUCCUGACCUUUUCCUCUGAUUGAAAACAUCAAUAGAAACCAGAAACCUAUGAGGGGGAAGUUUCCCCAUUGCUUAUGCAUUUUUUUAAAUAGCAAACAAAUGGUUUUAAUGGUUUAAGUUUUAUCUAUCGUACUGCCUCUAAUAAAGACCAAUUACUGAACUGUGAAAAUAGCUUUUCAACCCAAAUACGGAAGAGGUUGCACAACACAUGAAUGAGACAACACAAAUAGAGCAGAUAUAAGACAAAUUAUAUAAAAAGAUAAGACACAUAAUUCACACUUAACACUGAAGUGAAUUUAAAAUAUUAUCCCUUAAAUACUGUACCUGCAACAUGAAUCAACUAUUGGAGAAGCCCAAAAUUUGAAAAAUAAAGUCCUAAUGACACCUUUUUUUCAAAUUUGUAAAAAGAAAAGUCAAAAUGAAUAUGUGUACUAAGUAGGGAUGGGACUUGAUACGAUUUUUAUGAUUCCGAUUCCAUUAUCGAUAUUGCUUAACGAUUCGAUUCAUUAUCGAUUCUCUUAUCGAUUCUAAUUUGGGGAAAAAGAAGAACAAAAGUUUUGAUUGGCAUCAAGUUUGUUUAAUCAGAAGUCACAAACUUACAAACUCGCAACGAGGUCAAAAGAGGCCCAAAUGCUAACUGUGGCAAUAAGUGGCAAAUACACAAGAAUGUGUAACAUUUUACUGAAACAUUUUUUUAAUAGCAAUAAAAAAUAUUGGUAUAUAUUGGCAUAUAGGUUUUUGUCCUGCCUUUGGCAAAAUGUAUUAAAGCAGGGGUCCCCAAACUUUUUCCUGUGAGGGCCACAUAACUUUUCCCUUAUUUGAUGUGGGGCCGGGGUCAGUUUGUAACAGAAAAAGUGUGACGAUUGCAGGAGUGCCUAAAUCUAAAAAUUUAUUGUUUUACAGAAAGCCACAAUCAAAUGACCCUUUCUGGAUUCUUCACGGAACAAAAGUAAAUAAAAUAAUUAUAUAAAAAUAAUAGCACUAUUAAUUAAAUAGAUAAUAACCAAAUAACCCUCUCUGAGUUCUUCACAAAAAAA